AUGCAUGUCGAAUCUUCAACCAAAGACCAAUCCUUCAGCACAACCGAGAGUGAGGCAAAUGCUGACUUAAUCUCUAAUCCAAUUGCAAUGAAUACAUCUUUAGAGUUAGACGAAGCAGAAUUUACACUAGUUACCUCUAAAAAUAAAAGAAAUAAGAGCAAAAAGAAGAAUCAAGACAAAAUGGCUGUAUAG